GUCAGUUAAAUCUGUUAGACCAUGGACUUAAUGCUUCACGGGAAGUGGUGAAAGCCUCAUUGUUCAUUCAAGACGUUUUAAAACUAGACUGUGUGAGUCACAAGAAAACAUGCUGCAGAGUACACUCUAGCUGGAAGAAGAUGAACCUCAAGGACCUUUCCUUCUCUAACUUCUAUGGGGCCACUGAAAUGUAGAACAUGGUGGCUCCACUUAUGGCUUCAUUAUAUCCCAAUUCUGUGCUGGACAAUCUGAAUUUCUUGUUCAGGUGGCCACUAGGAAUUGUUCUAAUUCUUGUUACAAGAAGCUUUCUCCCCUGAGUGUUACUCUCAGCUUGUUAAAUAAAUGCUGAAUGAGAGCUUGCAUGUAUUCAUUGCAAAACAAACAAAGGUAACAAUGGCGGUUUCUGACUUCAAAUGUCCUUGUCGAUGUGUGUUUAGAGUUCCCACAGCCCCACUGCAGAUGCUGACCCAUUAUUCUGAGCAUAUGUCAUAGGUGCUGCUAUGUCCCCAGGACAGCAAGUCUGAGAUAAAGUUGGUUUAGGAAUCUUAGGGCUUAAGUCUGUGGCCUUACUUAGAAAGCCGACUGAACUCACUAAAUGGUGAAUGUCCUUGCUUUUGUGGGUUUAACUGAAAACCACAACAUUGUUUUAUAAUGAGCUUCUUGCUUAAUUUCCUCCUCCUUAGUAUAGUUUUGGCCUCUCCUCCUCCAUUCUCUUGAGUUGGGAAUUCACCUAGAAUAGUGGUUUUCAGACUUUUUAGGCUGGAUACCUCUUUCCAAAUAAUGUAGUCUACUGCGUACCCCCAUCUGUGAUAGAGUCAUAAUAUACCUAUGAUUAGAUUGCCAAGUCUUACUAAAUAAAAUGCAUUGUCCGCCAUUUCAGAAUUUUUCUCGUGUAUCCCCUGACGAGAGCCCACAUACCCCAGUUUGAAAACCACUGCCCUGGAACAGUAGCUUAUAAUGUCAGCAUUCUAAACUGUUACUUUCCAUGGGUUGACUCAACUGUAUUUUACCUUUCUAGGGAGCAGAAGCUCCAACGAAGUGUAGUAGUCAAUGUGUGACAAGCAAUAAUAUGCAGUGUGUACAUAUGGUCAAUGUUUUUAGGGUUAAACCUAACCCACUUCCCUGAGUUCCACCCCAUGUCUGCAUGACAAAAUUAGGAUUCGAUCGGAGAAACUGUAUCAUCCUGUGGGGUCGAACCGAGAAGUAUCUUAAAGAAACCACAGAGGAGAUUAGGAUGAUGGGAACGGAGUGCCAUUACUUCAUUUGCGAUGUGGGAAAUCGAGAGGAAGUCUAUCAGCAAGCCAAAGCUGUCCGGGAAAAGGUGGGUGAUAUCACCAUCCUAGUGAACAAUGCUGCUGUCGUUCAUGGUAAGAGCUUGAUGGACAGCGAUGACGAUGCUCUACUCAAAUCACAACACAUAAAUACCCUGGGACAGUUCUGGACCACCAAGGCCUUCCUGCCACGCAUGCUGGAGCUGCAGAAUGGGCACAUUGUUUGCUUGAACUCGGUCUUGGCCUUGUCAGCCAUCCCUGGUGCCAUUGACUACUGCACCUCCAAAGCCUCUUCCUUUGCCUUUAUGGAGAGCCUGACCUUGGGAUUGCUGGACUGUCCCGGAGUGAAUGCUACCACAGUCCUGCCGUUCCACACCAGCACAGAGAUGUUUCAGGGCAUGAGAAUAAGGUUCCCCAAUCUUUUCCCCCCGCUGAAGCCAGAGACAGUGGCCAGGAGAACAGUAGAAGCCGUUCAGCUGAACCAAGCCUUCCUCCUCCUUCCGUGGACAAUGCACGUACUUGUCAUCUUGAAAAGCAUCCUCCCUCGGUCAGCACUUGAAGAAAUCCACAAGUUUUCUGGAAGCUACACCUGUAUGAACACGUUUAAAGGGCGAACAUAGACCUGGUCGUACUUAGACUCAUUCUAAAGUGAAGCCAACACAAGCAGCAAAAUCCUGACAAGACUGUGAAUCAGCAGUCUUGGCUUUUAGCCUGCCUUGCUCGCGUGACUUGUGCUGCUCUCAGGCAACAAAUUUCUUGCAGGUCAUAUUCGUAGCAACACGACCUUUGCACAGGACCGCAUGGCUAGACUGGACUUUUGGGCGGAACAACAAAAAUGUUGAGAUGUUUGUACAAUGUUUAAUUCUUUAGAGUCUGAUUGUUAAAUCUGCUCAUAGUUUUAAGAUUUAAUUGUCGUUUUAAUUGUACGCUUAGGCUGCUAAAACCAGGGCACAGCACGUCCCUCCCCACUCUGCUAACAGGAAGAGCAGCUAGUGUUGAUUUCAGAUCAGCUUUUUGAAUGAGAAUUUAAAAAAUGGCUGUGCAGGGUUACUAGCUAAGGGUGUUGAUUGGGACCUCACUUUUUCCCCCCUCACUGCAUUGGGUGGCUGUACCUUACAGCCAUUGAAGCAGAUCGUUCCUCUAAUUCCUUCGGCAUCUCUGGAAAGGAGCAAAUAGCUGGUCCGCUCAGGGGCCGCUCAAGAAGCCUGCAUGUGGAAGGACAGCGCUAGCCAUAGCAAGUCUUUAUUGCUGCCUGUCCAAAUGCUGUAGUGGGAGGCUCAGAAAGAACAGUGAAGAGACAUAUUUCAUGAGACGGACAAUCUGAUUAGCGGAAGGUCCUGCCUGCCGCUGAAAUCAUAUACAGAAAGUAAUGGUCUUUCUGAAUAUUUUUGUUAAUUUAGGGUGAAAUAUAAUUUCCUUUUAGCAAUAAUCCCUAGAUUUCCACUCAUUUAGCCAGUGUUGGCUUGGAAACAAACUAACCUUAGGGCCUUCCUCAUCACACCCUUAUUCACCCAAGCAGUCCUUACACCGAGAAAUCCCAUUGGUCACCCCGCACGGAGAAGUAAAUGGAAUAUGUUCCAAAAAGCAGAAGGGAUGUAACGCAUGGCCAUGAAACGUGAAGGUGGGAAGCACAUUGAAAUCAAUGGGGAUCUUUCCAGUGUCACAUGUGAGAGUUGGCUCAAGCCCUAAAUGAGCCGAAAAAGGGAGGAAGCUGUGAGGUAGAAUUCCGAACUAGACAUUAAUUUUUAUUGUUCUUGGGGGUUUUUUUUUGUAUAAUACAGUUUAUUUAACAACCCAGUAAAGUACAGCAACACAUCCCCAUGACCCAUCCAAUGUGCAGCUCUGGGCAUGUAUUAAACAUAAGAGAACACAACUGAGGGAGGAAUUAAUCAUAACUGCAGCAUAGAUUGGCCGCUGGUGUGGUAUGCGAUCACCUCAAGAAAAGCGCUUUAAGGACAGUCUUGUGGCUAGAGCACAGGAGUGUGAGUUAGGAUUCCUGCCUUCUGUUUGCAGCUCUGCCUCGGAUUUUGUGUGUGACCCCCGGGGCAAGUCACUUCUCUCACUGUGCUUCAGCUUCCCGAUCAGCAAAGUCAGGGAUACCAAUAUUUCCUGAUCUCACUGUUGUGAGGCUCGAUUCCUUAAUGUUUGUCAAGCGCUUUGCAGUCCUCAAAAUGGUGGGAGCAAAGUGUUAUUUGCUUACAGGCUGAGAGGUUACUUGCAAAAGUGUAGAGACAAGCAGAAGAAUCCACAUAAUAAAACAGCUGUUUCUAGAGGA